GAGGCAAGCGCAAAGUACAUCGGGAAAGGAACGCACAAUAUGAUGGCGGAUUGAUCUUACUCUGAAUAUUUGUUUGUACGACUGUGCCAAGAAUUAAUCAUAAUGUGCGGACGAGCAGGUUCAGAUUGAACCGGGGUGAACGUGGACGUUGAAUGUUUAAGGUUCGUAGUAAAAGCGAGCAAAGCUCAACGCGCCCAUCAGGCCGAUUAAAGCCUCUCCCUGUCCCCGCGCCUUAAAGCCCUCGCGUGGCUGACGAGCCGGGCCGGGCGCUGGGCCAGGCCGCGCGCUACGCCAGACCGGUGAGUUCCCACACAAAAUAUCGCUUGGUAGCACGGCGGGCACUCAAAGCCAACUAACCAUGUCUGUACAAAGUGUUGCUCUGGCAUCUCUCACGGCCACCUAUACCGACUCGGAGGGCGAGGACGGGGUGGAAGACGAGCGCCUGCAGGAGGAGAAUUCGAACACUCCCGCUAAGGGGGCCGCCCCGCAUAAUGCCCAAGUCGGUCGUCAGCCCCAGGCCCGAUCUGGCACCAGUCCCAUAUCUGGAGGCCGUUCAGCCUCGCAUAGUCCCGCCAUCGGCAAGUCCGCUGCAGGUAGUAGCGGCGACUUGCCGGAAGCGGCCACAAAGGUGCAACGAUUGGUCUCUUAUUUUGACGAUGCGGUAGUCUCCGACGACGAGGGGGUGGCCGUUGCUGCGCCGCCACCGUCGCUGCCGCCAGUGCCAUCGUCGUCGUCGUCGUCGUCAUCAUCGUCGUUGACGACGACGGGCGCGGCGAUUGCUGUGACGGUCGCGGAACGCCCCGAGGAGAAUGGUCUCCCGGUUGCGGCCCCUACUGGCAGCAACAUUGCCACUGCCACCACCACCGUCGCUGCUACCGCCGUCGGCGGUGGCGUUGAGCGUCGGUCGCCCUCCUCGCGUCCUGGAGAAUUGCUUUCAGAUAAUGGCGAGGCAGGGGAUUCUUACGGUGUGACGAUACCACCGGAACCACCAGGUCAAUGUCCCCUUGAACUGCAGGACAAGAUCGCGCGGCUCUAUAGGAAAAUGGAAAGCGGUGGGCUGGACAUGAACAUGCUGAUUCAGCAGCGCAAGGAAUUCCGAAAUCCCUCCAUUUAUGAAAAACUCAUUCAGUUUUGUAGCAUUAACGAGCUGGGCACCAAUUAUCCACCGGACAGGUUCGAUCCGUUCAAAUGGAGCAAGGACUCGUAUUACGAGGAACUUGCCCUCGUGCAGAAGACAGAGAUGGACAAGCUCGAGAAGGCGCGCAAGGAGAAGACGAAGAUUGAGAUUGUAUCCGGUACAGCGAAACGGCCCAACAGCUCCUCUAGCAGCGCAUCCGACAAUGCUGACGCCAAAAAACGGAAAAGUAAGUGGGACCAAGUGGCGACUGGCGGUGCCGCUGCCGCUGCUGCAGUCGCGGCAGCCGCUGCCGCCGCUGUCACUGCUAAACCCACGGUACUUCUUACGCAACCUACCCUAACGACUCUCACGUCUGGCACCAGCGCCAAACCCACCGUUUUAUCAGCCUUCGGCUCGCUGCCGAAGAAGAGAUUGUAACAUAUCGUGUAAAUGUGUACUAUGUAAAUAAUCGUCCAACCCAGUUUAGGCAGCCAUGAGACUGUAGAAAGGAAGGCUACGCAGUCAUGUGCGCCUCUGGAGGCUUAGAUCCUUGGCUAAUUAAUGAUAUAUUUGUCAAAACAUUUUGUAUCGGCAACAAACAUUCGUGGAACUAUAGUUAUAUUAUGUGAAACUUUCGUAUUUAAAGCGAUCUAAUGAGAUCAAGAUAAUUCAAUUAUUUUUACAGUUGCACUAUGAUGCAAAGUCCAAGGUUUUGAUGAGUUCAAAGAAUUAGCUCAUUUAAAAAUCCAAAGAUCUAAGAAUCUAAGAAUGUAACCAUCUGCAUAAAUGCAAAAAUCAUAUUGUAAAUAAUAUUUGAUUGCGAAUAUCAUCGUCUGGAUGUAAAGUCGUUUGAGUAAAAAAAUUGUCCUUGAGAUUCACAUUCUCGAAUUUUUAGAUUUUUGUAUUUUUAAAUCCUUGUAAGUGAAGUUGUGUAAUCUUUGGGUCUUUAGAUUUGUGUAUUCUAAUUUUUUAAUUAAUGAGAGCUAUAUGGUCAAUUUUAGACUUGAAUAUUUAGAAAGCAAAAUUGUAAGGAGGGAGGAGGGGACUAAGAAAGUUAAAAGAAAUAUGAUGAGUUGUAAAUAAAAACUUAAAAAUCGUAAAUCAACGAAUUCAAGGAUCUAAACCUCUGUUGCUCAUGUAUCUAAGAAUAAAAGACUCCAACAAUUAUAGAUUUAAAAUAUAGAUAUUGUAAAUAAUAUUAAUUAAGGAAUAAUCUUCACAAGAAAUACAAACAUACAAGGGAAAUAGAUUGGAGCUUUGUGACCUUAGGUCCUUGAAUUGUCGAUGUCUUUUAGAGAUUCCUUUUAAUAUACAAAGUAUUUAUAGAAAAUGUACAACGAUUGAAAGAGAAGAGAGAUCACAUUAAAAAAAAAAAAGUUUUGAAAAAGUUCCAAAAUUUGGAGAUUUAUAUGAUCUAAAGGCCCAAGAAUUUAGAUUAGUGAUCUAUGGACAUGAGAGUAACUAAAAAUUUAGGUUUGCAAAUUCAGAAAAUCUAGGUACAACUUAAAAAAUGAAAUGUAUUGUAAAUACAGGUAAUGGAAUAUCGAAUUGAUAUUAGAAAUUUGGAGUUAAUCGAAAUAUAAAGUGAUAGUAAAAUUUACGAAUAGUAACUAAAUAAAGUAUAAUUUAAAGACUUGGGCUAUUCAAGAAUUUAAAGCCAUAUUAUAUAGAAAUUUAAAGCUCUAAAGUGUGUAUAUGCGUGCGCGCGCGCGUGUGUGUGUAUGUGCGUGUGCGUGUGCGUGUGCGUGCGCGCAAAUUCUUAAAUAAUUCUUGAAUAUCCUAUUUAUAAAUUAUAUUUUACUUAGCUGUUAUAUAUUCCUAAAUUUUGAAAUUGAUACUAUUCUUUGGUUCAUACAAAUAUAUGAACUUGAGAACUCAAGAAUUUAACAAUUUAUUGAGAAUUUGAACAGAUAUCCAAAGAAUUAAAAGAAGAAUUUGAAGACAAAAUAAGAAUCCAGAAGAAUAGAAAUCCUUAACUUAGAAAUCCACAUGCUGAUAAUCUAUGUAAGGCAAGUACACUAUAGAUAAUUUGUGUGAACGAAAUUUUUUUCAUUUAAAUACCCAUAAAAGCUGCCACUUAUUGAAUUUCUAUGAAUAAUAGAAAUAUAUAUUUCUAACUUACUCUUUAUUCUUCUAUAUUUUUAAACAUAAAUUAACAUCUACAAGCGUAUAUUUUAUCAAAUUAAUGUAAAAAUAAACAAAGAGAAAUUUGGUAUAAAAAAAUCUUGAAAUUUUAAAUUAAAUUGUGAAUUUUAUAUCUUAAAUUUCUGUCUAUGGAUUCUUAAUUUGUGCGAUUUUUAAAUACUUGGCUUAUAAAAAUAUGGACCUUGCAAUUAUGAAAAAUUGGUAUAUCCGUUUUUUAUUAUACAUACAAUAAUGGUAAUAGACAACGUGCAAACCGAAUUUAAUCUCUCAAUUAAGUUAUAUAUAUUUUAUAUAGUUAAGAAAAAAUAUUACAAUUUUUUUAUAGAUAGAAAAAAGAUUGAUUGAAGAAAGUGACUUCAUCAGUUAUAUUUUUCUUUCUCUAAAAAAACGACUUGAUUAUAUUAUUUUCUUAUUUAAAUAUUGAAAGGAAGAUAUCGAAAGAAAAUUAUAUUAUUUAAUUACUGAGCAUCAUAUUAGGUUGAUUAAAAAAAAUUUUUUUACACUCCAAGAAAGCAAAUAUAAAGAGGACGAGCGAAUCUUCGUCAACCUGAUAGGUGCAAUUGUUAUCACGUGUAAAUGAUGAGUGUGUUAGGCAGCAACUGUAGAUGCGAUGUUGCAUGCAAUUGAUUUAUUGAGGCAAGGUAGACGCGUCAGUAAUUAAAUAUUAAAUCUCAGCGUGCGACGAGACAGAUAGAGAAUUUAUGUACGUUAACGAUCGUAAAAUCGAUGUAAAAUGUGCUACAAGUUAGCAGGAGGAUUCAGUUUUUUAUAUGAAAAAAUGAAAAGGAAAUUCUUUCACGAGGGACUUUGUAUAUACACGCUCAUGUGUCAAUAGAGUAUGGAAUAUACAAUAUAUAAAUUAUACAUUGUGUA